UGUCCAGUUUCGAUUCCUUCUCCGCCCGCCUGCUUCCCUGAGCAGCGCGCUGUGGUGUCAGCCGCCGUCCGUUCCCGUCCUGUCGGGUGCGCCCCCCGCCCAGGAGCGCGAUGGCCGAGCUCUUUCCGCUGGCCGAGGAGCUGUCGUGCUCCAUCUGCCUGGAGCCCUUCAAGGAGCCCGUCACCACCCCGUGCGGCCACAACUUCUGCGGGUCGUGCCUGGAUGAGACGUGGGUCGUCCAGGGGCCCCCGUACCGGUGCCCGCAGUGCCGCACCGUGUACCAGGCGCGCCCGCAGCUGCACAAGAACACGGUGCUGUGCGCGGUGGUGGAGCAGUUCCUGCAGGCCGAGCAGGCGCGGGCCCCGGUGGACGACUGGACCCCGCCCGCCCGCUCCUCCGCUUCCAGCGCAGCCAGCCAGGUGGCCUGCGACCACUGCCUGAAGGAGGUGGCGGUGAUGACGUGCCUCGUGUGCAUGGCCUCCUUCUGCCAGGAGCACUUGCAGCCUCACCUCGACAGCCCUGCCUUCCGGGACCACUCGCUGCAGCCACCGGUCCGGGACCUGUCGCGUCGCAAAUGUCCCCAGCACAACCGCCUUCGGGAAUUGUUUUGCCCCGAGCAUGGCGAGUGCAUCUGUCACAUCUGCCUGGUAGAACACAAGACCUGCUCCCCUACGCUCCUGAGCCAGGCCAGCGCCGACCUGGAGAGCAAACUGAGGCACAAACUCACCAUCAUGUACAGUCAAAUCAACGGGGCGACCAAAGCACUGGAGGACGUGAAAGCCAGGCGGCAGAACGUGCAGGAGUCUAUGAACAAAAAGUCGGAACACCUGAGACAAGAAUACAUGGAAAUGAAGGCUCUCAUCGAUGCGGCAGAGACCAGUGCCACACGCAAGCUGAAGGAGGAGGAGAAGAGGGUCUGUGGGAAGUUCGACACCAUCUAUCAGGUUCUCCUCAAGAAGAAGAAUGAGAUGCAGAACCUGAAAGCCGAAGUUGAGCUCGUCCUGGCCAAAGGGGAUGAGUUUGAGUUUCUGGAGAAAGCUGCAAAAUUGCAAGGAGUGUCAACGAAACCAGUCUACGUCCCUAAGAUAGAGCUGGACCAUGAGUUGAUCAAGGGGGUCUACCAGAGUGCAUUGGACCUCAAGACUGAGCUGAAGCACUCCCUCAAGCAGCAACAGGAGAAGAAGGCUGAGGAGACCUUUGCCUCAGGUAACGUGGGAGACCAUGGUAUGGAUUCCCCACCCAAAACGACGCGCCCUGUGAAGAAGACCCUUCAGGAAAAGAAGACCAAGAAAACCACCCCAUCUGGUGCUGCUGGCCCUGGCCCCUCCUCUCCCUCAUUCAACAAGUUGCCCAUCUUUGGAGCUCCUGGACAGUCAGUGGAUUUUAAAACAACUGUCCCUGAUGCCACACCCAAAGCCAACCCCCCACAGUCAACCUCUGCAGCACUCAAGGCUAAGAUACUAGAAAACUUCGUCACCAAGUCUAGAGAGGAGCUUCUGGAGUAUUUCGUUAAAGUCAUCUUCGACUACAAUACUGCCCACAACAAAGUGGCUCUGUCGGACAACUACACCACCGCAUCCGUGGCUGACUCGCUUCAGCACUACCGGUCACAUCCCCAGAGGUUCACCUUCUGCUCUCAGGUUCUGGGGCUGCACUGCUAUAAGAAAGGCAUUCACUACUGGGAGGUGGAGCUGCAGAAGAACAACUUCUGCGGUGUAGGCGUCUGCUACGGCAGCAUGGAACGGCAGGGCCCCGAGAGCCGGCUGGGCCGUAACCCCAACUCGUGGUGUGUGGAGUGGUUCAAUAACAAGAUCUCCGCCUGGCAUAACGACGUGGAGAAAACUCUGCCCCCGACCAAGGCCACUCGGGUGGGUGUGCUUCUCAACUGUGACCACGGCUUCGUCAUUUUCUUUGCUGUCACUGAAAAGAUCCAUCUGAUGUACAAGUUCAAGGUGGACUUUACCGAAGCUCUGUACCCAGCCUUCUGGGUGUUCUCCGCGGGUACCAAGCUCUCCAUCUGCUCCUCCAAGUAGGCAGGUCACUAAGCCAGCCACAGACACUUGGGCUUGUUGGGGAGGGACUCUCCUUGGACAACUUGAGUGCCCAGCAUGUAGAGAUUGGCAGGGGAGCUGGGGAAGAGGCAAAGAGAAUGAAAGGGGAGAUUUGGCUCAGAAAGGGGUGGGGUAAUUGUCUGUCUUGUGGGUGGGAAAGCAAAUCUACCUCCUGGUGCGCCUGAGGUCAGGAUGACCUCCUCCUAGUGUUCUGGGAAAUCUCCGAGCUGGUCGCCAUUUGGGCAGAGCUCCAUUAGUGUUCUAGUUGUUUUAUGGGAAGUCUGUAGCCAUGUUCUUUCUCAGGUGAUAGAUGCCUACCCUGUUUUGCUUUCUGGGGCAGUCUUUAGACCUUUGUGUUUUGAUUAUUUUCUAGAUUUAAAAAAAAAAAAAAAAAAGGCCAGGUAUAGUGGUGCAUGCCUUUAAUCCCAGUAUUGGGAAGCAGAAGCAGGCACAUCUUUAUGAGGCCAGCCUGGUCUGCACAGUGGGUUUCAGGACAGCUGAAGCUGCAUAGUGUCAUUCUGUCUCAAAAACCAACAAAAAUCCACUUAUAAGUUCAGUGUAUAUAGUAUUCCUUUGGUGUCAAGAAUUGAGCUUCAUCUCGCUCUGAAUUUCCAUAUAACCCUUUCCCGUCGGGAACCUUUUAUAGAUUAAGGCUUCAGGCUCUGGUCUGAAUCAGCCUGUGUUGAUUUUUUUGUCCAGGUAACCCAGACCUGGUUGAGAUGGAAGUCUCUCUUUCCAGGGGAAAUUCCUCCUGGGACAUGUUGACUGUGGCCACAGUUAGAGAGGCCUUUCUUCCGAUCGCCUAGGCUGGGAGUCGGGGUUGGGGAGCAGAAUGCUGGCUAGAUGAUUGGAAGCCUAGCAGCUUUGCUCUUUCUAUUAUCUUGCUUUGUCAGCUGUCCUCAACAGUAAUGUCGCCCUCCUGGAUUGUAGAUAGUGGGCUGAUGGCUACCAAUGCCAUCAUCUGCCUUCCGUGGCUACCACAGUUGAGUGGCCAGCCACGCCACAGUUUCAAACCCUGCCAUCAUGCGGAUGGACUGUAUGUGGUUGCUUCAGGAAUCUUGAUAGAUCACCAACUGGGGUGACUACCUAUGGCCUGAAGGGUCUUAGAACAGACCUGUGGGAGACAGCCAUAUUCCUGUUGAUCCCUAGCCACAGACACAGUAGGUGUCACAGGAAGAGAUGAGUCUGAGGCCUGUCACCUGCCCCAUCCCUUUCUGCUGUCUUCCUCAUUUGAGCCAAUUCUAGAUGCUCAGAUAGACCAAACUACAGGUUAGGAAGACUUUUAAGGAUAAGAAAAAAGAAAGCAAGUUAAGGAGGGUCCAACCAGUGGCUGUUUUCUCUGCAGUCUUUUAGACAGUGAAAAUAGCCCAGGCCACUAAAGGGCAGGGAUGGAUGACUGGGAUCUCCUACCCUCCUUCUGUCCUGAUGUCAAAUCCAGAAGAUGUGAGGAUUUGGCCUCUUGUAAUAGGAGUCCAGCUCUCGCCUUCCUGAGUGGGGAGCUCCUUCUUGUAAGCAUUCUUAUGAAGAGAGGUCACCUUAGGGAAGGUAGGGCCCCUAGACCUUUCAUAUGAAUGGAUAUUUGAGAACACAUCUCAGGUCUAAUAUGGAAUUCCAGGGCUCUUAGCAUUGGCGUUCCUGACAGAUGUGUGAUCUAUGUCCUCUCCCGGAGGAAAGUUCUGUUCACUGGGAGCAUCUUUGCAGGGAACAUGUCCCUGGUAGAUGGUAUGUGGGCUUUGAAAGGUUUGUUCCUUUGCCACACAAACUCUUGGCGAUGCCUCUCUGAAUUCAAAGACUUCCCCAAAGCGUCCUUGCUGUUCUUCUGAAACAAAGCCUUCUCUGAAGCCAUGUCAGACUGGGGAAGCAACUAGGUUUAUAGAAGUAAAAUGCCAAGGGUUGACUCGGGGAUCCUGCUGGGCUCUCCUGCAGAAGCGGUACUGACAGUCAAGCCUCAUCCUAGGAAGUGUACAAUCAGGCUAGGAAGGCGUGUGUCCCUCUGUAUGAGAGCCAAGCAGGCAACCAGAGCCCAGAGCUGUGCGAGAUGCCUUGGACUUGUAAGUGGAGGAGUGUCCCCUUGCUCUCUGGUACCUUACCGUUUGCAAUGUUAAGAGCUUACCUUAACUGCAAGUGUUUCUGGGUUCAUGUACCAUGGGCUCCUAGAGAGGACAGACCUGUGUUUCCAUCUCACUUAGCCUUUUGCAGAAUCAGGCAGGUGGGAAGAUGGAGGCUGGCUGUGUUCGCCACUCUUGUCAUUCCAACAUGGAAGAGAUGCCUAUCAUGGAUGACAAGGAGAACCCUGGGGCCCUGUGGACAUACAGAAAUUCCCAGAACCGUUGAUGUAAAAUACUAACCUAGAUUCAGGUACUGGGGUCUGUCUCAGUCACUCUGGUGUGAUAAACUAAGGGUCGAGUCUUUGUGUUAUUCAGGACUCGCUGGCUAGUCUUUUUAAUUACUCAGACAUUGAUUUUUGAUCUAUCACUAAUAUUGAUAUACUAUCUUUUUUACACCAUUGAUUUAACUAAUUACUGAUGUUUUAGCUAUAACUUCUGGAAUCUCGUGUUUCAGAGGUAAUUCAUUAUUCAGGUAAUUAUUACAAACAGGGUAAGGCUGGCUGUUGUACCUUAUUUCGAAUGAAGUGGAAUUGCAUUCAGCAUCCCUUCUGGAUUGAGGUGUGGGUAGGAAAUGUCACUCGAGCUGAAAUCCAGGGAUGAGGUACCCACCCCUUGAAAGCUACUGCCCAGGGCUUCUGGAUGCUCAGGCUUCACUGUAGACUUAACGAUCCCUUGAAGCCUGCCAUAGAGUACCACUGACUGCAGGGAAUUUCAGAUAAAGAAUACUCAGAGAAUGUAUAGGCUUAAGAUUCAAGAUGGUGCAAGGGCGGAACACUGACCAAGCCCCACUUGAGAAACCAGCAAGCAGCGAUGGGAACCCAGGGCUUGUCUUCUUAUUCUUCCUAUGGUUGCAUGGGCUUGAACAUUUCUAUCAUGAAAAGUUAAACAGUGAAAUGGAAAACCGUCUGACCAGAGGUGGACCCUGUCCUUGUUGAUGAUCUUCUCUACAGAGGAACAGGUGUCACAGGAAGCUUAGAUACUUUGUUGGCUAUUAAAGAGUUAUCUGGCCUUUGUCCCUGGUUCAAAUGUGUGUGUGUGUGUGUGUGUGUGUUUAAGUCUUUCCCGAGAGGAUGGAGUGUCAUUAUUUGUCUGUCCCGUGGAUCACAGUGAAGUUUAUGUUGAGAGAAGAGAUGUCUCAGGAUGAUGGCUGGCCACUAUAAAAACCAGCUUGGAGAUCGGUAAAAAGGGUGGAGUCAUUGAACUUGAAGGACCUCUGGAGGGAAGAAGAGGGAACAGGGGACUGGGGUCAGUGUGAGACUUCUGUGAAUCCUGCCUGCAAAUGAUGGUUCAGUUCCAGCUCCAGUUGAGACCUAGUGUGACUUUCCCGCAGUUGAAUACAGGGCUGUGCUUCAGGCUGAUGCAUUCUUGUCCUAUGCAGCAGGACAGGAAAGCUCUGUGCUCCAGAACCUUCCAGAGCUUGCCCUGUCAGUAUUUGACUGCUUCUGAUUCUUGUUCUUUUAAAUAAAGUUCAAAUCGUAAAAUCGG